AUGUACACAAGAGCGUCAGCAUCCGACUAUGAUGACUUUCAGGCCAAGGGUUGGACAACAGAUGAACUAGUACCCCUCAUGAAAAAACACGAAACUUAUCAGCGCUCCUGUAACAAUCGGGAUGUGCAUGGCUUCGAGGGUCCGAUUAAAGUUUCCUUCGGAAACUAUACAUACCCUAUCGCGCAGGACUUCCUGCGAGCUGCUGAGACUCAAGGCAUUCCAGUCACAGAUGACCUUCAGGAUUUGAAGACUGCACAUGGUGCUGAGCAUUGGUUGAAAUGGAUCAAUCGGGACACGGGGCGGCGAAGCGAUGCAGCUCAUGCCUAUGUUCACAGUACUAGAGCUAAGCACUCUAAUCUCCAUCUCAAGUGCAACACCAAGGUAGACAAAAUCAUCAUCGAAAAUGGUCGCGCGGUGGGCGUUGCGACCGUCCCAACAAAGCCUCUUGAUGGGGUCGACCCACCUCGCAGGAUCUUCCUGGCUCGAAAACAAAUUAUCAUCAGCAGUGGAACGCUAAGCUCUCCACUAAUUCUCCAGCGGUCUGGUGUUGGCGACCCAGAGAAGCUACAGCGUGCAGGCAUCAAGCCUCUCGUGAACUUGCCCGGUGUGGGCCGGAACUUCCAGGAUCAUUACCUUACCUUCUCUGUGUAUCGUGCAAAGCCGGACACAGAUACUUUCGAUGACUUUGUUCGUGGAGACCCAAAGAUUCAAAAGAGAGUAUUCCAGGAAUGGAACCAAAAGGGUACUGGUCCUUUGGCAACUAAUGGAAUCGAUGCUGGUGUCAAAAUUAGACCUACGCCGCGCGAGUUGGACGAGAUGAAGAAGUGGCCAACUCCAGAGUUCAGCAGUGGAUGGGAAUCUUAUUUCAAGAACAAGCCGGACAAGCCUGUUAUGCACUACUCGGUCAUCGCUGGUUGGUUCGGUGACCAUAUGCUCAUGCCUCCGGGCAAGUUCUUCACCAUGUUCCAUUUCCUGGAGUACCCAUUCUCUCGAGGCUCCACCCAUAUCGAGUCGCCCGACCCAUACGCUAUUCCAGACUUUGAUGCAGGGUUCAUGAAUGACAAGCGCGAUAUGGCCCCCAUGGUCUGGGGCUACAUCAAGUCCCGCGAAACAGCACGUCGAAUGGGGGCCUAUGCUGGCGAGGUGACCGGAAUGCAUCCUCACUUUGCCUUUGACUCGCCAGCUCGAGCUCGUGAUCUUGACCUGGAGACUACCAAGGCGUAUGCCGGUCCAAAUCAUAUCACCGCCGGUAUUCAGCAUGGAUCUUGGUCUGAGCCCCUGGGUCCAGGAAAGCAGCCUUCUACUUCAACUCUCAGCUCUAACCGCCAUGAAGCCCGUGAUGAGCUGAAAUAUAGCAAAGAAGAUGUCGAACAUAUUGAGAGAUGGGUCAAACGCCACGUCGAGACUACCUGGCAUUCCCUUGGAACUUGCAGCAUGGCGCCUCGGGAGGGAAGUUCCAUUGCACCUCACGGCGGUGUCGUAGAUGAGCGCCUGAAUGUCCAUGGAGUGAAGGGCCUCAAGGUUUGUGACCUGUCCAUUUGUCCAGAUAAUGUUGGGUGCAACACUUUCAGCACUGCCCUCCUUAUUGGUGAGAAGUGUGCAGUACUUACUGCCGAGGAUUUAGGCUACUCUGGGGAUGCGUUGAAGAUGGAGGUACCCACUUACCAGGCUCCAGGAGAGUUCGUGAACCUCGCUCGCCUGUGA